UAGACAGUUUUGUACAAGUAUAACUCUUGAAAGUUUUCACUAUGUUCGCCGUAGAUAAAUUCUUAAUAUUUUUCUGCUGUUCCUUCUUUUUAAUUCUCGUUAACUUUAAUGCGCAUGCUCAGCAAUGUGCACCACUUAAUUUUCCGAGAUGCAGCGAGCCAGUUAACCCGGGCUACAAUGGCGCCAGCUGCAAUGGUGGCGUCCGAUGGUAUUACAAUACCGGAUCUCGCCGCUGUGAAACCUUCUUUUAUUGGGGCUGUGGCGGUAAUUCGAAUCGUUAUUGUACAGAAUUUGCAUGUCAGCAGCGUUGUCGGGUAUUUACUACAUAAAAAGUGUCAUGCGACAAAAUUAAUAUAUAACGAAAUGUUACUUCAAUGAUGAUGCACAAUAAAUAUCCAGACCACUGUA